CAACUCUGACCAUCACAACAAUCAAAAAAUAUUUCCGACUUUCACCUCUCGGAAUCUUUUCUGCUCUCAUUGUUCUUCCCCUGAGUGUCAACGUUAGUUCAAUAGCAGGGAAUGUAUGAUGGAGAAGAAGAAGCUAUGUAAAUGUUGUACAGCAGGGUGGUUACUCUGUGUUAUUGGUGGUAUUUCCAUACCUGUUGUCAGUUAUUUCAUAAAGAAACAGGUAGAAAAGACUGUGAUUAUAAAGAAGGGAGGAGUGUUGUAUGACUUAUGGAAGGAUGUGCCGAUUCCUAUCUACAUGCAGUUCUACAUGUUUAAUGUCACCAAUGUUUAUGAAAUAUUAAAUGGUGGGAAACCGUAUGUUACACAGAAAGGACCAUAUACCUACAUAGAGAAGAGAGAGAAGUUCAAUAUCACCUUCAAUCCAAAUGGUACAGUAUCAUACAGACAGAAAAGAAUCUUUAUAUUUGACAGGUCAAAGUCCAUUGGAGAUGAUUCUGAUGUAUUUGUUACAGCUAAUCCUUUAUAUUGGACUGUACUAGCAGCUAUAAAAUAUGAAUAUUUAGACAUAAAUAAGAUAUUACAGUUUGUGUUAAAGUUUGGAGGUGAAGGUCCUUUCUUUGAGAAGAGUGUAAAAGAUCUGGUGUGGGGAUAUAAAGAUAAAAUGUUAGAAGUAGGAAACGAGUUAGCACCACAAUGGUUCUACACAGACUUUGUGGGUUACUUUAUGAAUAAAAAUAACACUGAUGAUGGAGUAUAUACCAUCUUCACAGGAGAGAAAGACAUUACAAUGUUAGGAAUGAUAGACAAAUAUAAUGGUUCUAGUUAUUUGAAUUUCUGGUCAACAAAAUCUGCCAACAUGGUCAAUGGAACAGAUGGCACGCUAGGUCCUCCAUACCUCAGUGAAGACAGAACAUUAUAUUUAUUUGCUUCAGAUAUAUGUAGGUCAGUAUCUGGAGAAUGGACUUCUAAUGUAAAGGUCAAGGACAUAUCAUUACGUAGAUACACAGCAGGAUUUAUGUACCUAGCUAAUGCUACAAUAAACCCUGAUAACAUUGGUUUCUGUACUCCAGAGUCUAACUGUAUGGAUACUGGUUUGGUGAAUAUAAGCACAUGUCAGCUAAUUGAUUAUUUCCACAUACCUGCAGUGGUGUCUCUGCCACAUUUUUACAUGGCAUCAGACAGAAUCAAAAACUCCAUAGGGGGUCUUAGUCCGUCUGCAGAGGAACAUCAGACAUUUGUUGACCUUGAACAUAACACUGGUUUAGUGCUGUCUGUUGCCAAAAGAUUGCAGAUCAAUCUCUACAUACAGCCAGUAGAUGGACUUCCAGAAACUUCUAAGAUAUUACCUUCUGUGUUACCUGUAUUCUGGUUAAACGAGACAGCUGUGGUCAAUGAUAAAUAUGCUGACCAGUUAAAGAGGAUGUUAUUUAUACCAAAGUUAGUGGUAGAAGUUGUACAGAUAGCCAUGUUAUCUGGUGGUGCUCUACUCCUACUGAUAUCAGUAUUCUAUGGUGUAUUUAAACUUAGAGAGAAUCAAAAGAUUUUUAUGAAGCCAGGAGACAAAAGAUUAUCCUCACUAACAGAAUCAGACGACAGAAGACAUUUAGUUUCCUGAUCUUCAGCCAGUGGUCCUGUACUGAACUAUUAAAUGUUAUACAGUGAAUUAUAAACUAAUAAUUUAUUGCAAAACACAAACCAAAGUGUGAAAACCAGCCAAAAUUAAGUCUCAAUGAAAUACUCAGGAAUUAUAGAUAGAAAUACAGACAAAGACAUGAUUGUAUGACAUUCUUAUGCAAAUAGGGUCAUUAUUGUAUACAAAACAUGAUAUUAUUGUUCUUUUUUAAAUCACAUCUAUUUUUUAAAUUGUUGUUUGAUAUCACAAUUCAACUUUUUUUCAUAUUCCAAAUUAUUUAUCAUUUCUUUGUAAAUAAAUACAUUUUGGAUUCAAUAUUUAGAAAAACAAAAUAUUUUUAAUUUCAUACUAUUUUCUGUUAGAAAAUAUACAUUUUAUCAGAUGUUGAAUCAUGAAAAAAUUCACAAAAAUAAAUGUUUUUGAAAUGGAAAAUCUUCUAAUGAGUAAAAGAAGGACUUCUUUGGUUAUAAUAAUAGUAAACAAUAUUUUUAAUUUUAAAACACUUUGUUGCCCUUUUGAUGUGUUUGAAAUAAUUAUUGUGUUGUUUGAUUUUGCCUCAUACGUUCAAAGUUAAGUGGGACAUGUUACUACCUUUUGUUUGCAGUGCAUUCUGUACAAUUGAUUUUUAUGCAAAUAUUGCCAAAAAUCUUCCUGGUACAGUAAGCUUAUUAAACUGAUGUGUUUAUUACCUAUGACAACCUAAUAUUUUCAUCACAUUUGUUUUGGCGAAAAUUGCUUCUGUUUGUGCUUAAAUGUUAUAUUAUUAUAAGUUGUAAGCAGGGCUGAAAGACACUAAUACAAAUAAUUCAUUUUUUUGUAAAUCUUAAGAUAUAUGGAGCAAUUACAAUGUAAUUUUGUAUAACUUUGAUCUUCCACUUUAUAGAGAGUAUUAUGUUUGUUGAAUGAGAAGUGGUUCCAUGAUUUGUUUUUGUAAUAAUCUUGUCUAAUAUGUUCGAACUUGAUAGAGAUAAUCAAAUUAUUUUAGUUCUUUUUAAUGCAUUGUAUUUAGAUUAUAUGAAGAACUAGGCAUUUAUUUUUGUGUAUCUUUAUUAUUAAAACAUUGGAAGACCUGUUGGUGACCUUCUACUGUUGUCUGUUCUAUGGUCGGUUGUUGUUUCUUUGACACAUUCCCCAUUUCCAUUCUCAAUUUUAUUAUCUGAGGGAAUGUAUUUCAGCAGUAGUUUUAGCUAUUUUUGUGUAUGAAGCAUUCACACAGGUGGAUUAUAUUUAAUUUGCAUUAAUAAACUGUCUUGUGAAAAUGUUAGGGAUAUUGUCUUUUUUUUCCCUCAUUUGAGCAUGUUAUUAUUUGGCUUUGUUAGUAAGGGGUUGAUUUGUUCUCCCUUAUUCAAUUAUUUUUUUUGAUUCAAAAUGUUGAAAUUUUGGCAUAUGAAACAUAUUUAUUAUUUUACAGAUACCUAUUGUGAACAUUUUGUUAGAUAACCAAUACUCCUGAAGAUUUAUUUGUGAUAAUUUCUCUGUUUUUUGUAUGCUUACAUGUUUUUCAUCUGAAUUUAAUUUGUAUUUUUUAUUGAUAUGAAAUCUUUUUUCUCUAGCUGUUGAAUCCUUAACAACUUUUUCUGGAAUCCAUAGAAAUUAAAGUGUCCUUAUAUACAAUUUGAGAAAACCUCAUUCCUGUUCUGACUUGGUACAGACACUUUCAAAUGAAACUGAUUGACUGAACCAGGUUUACCAGUUGCCAACUAUCUUAUUUAUAUGCGUUUUUCAUUUCUAAAUAACUAUUUUCCUGAAGUCAAUGUCCUCAUUUGAAUAUGGUUUUGUUUUCAUCUACCAAAAUAGACAAUUAAUAAUUCUGAUUUAAAUGGUUUUACACUAGUAAUUUUUGGGGACCAUUGUAGCUUGAUGUUUGGUGUGAGCAGGGGUUCCGUGUUGGAGACGGUACUUUUACCUAUAUUGGUUAACUUCUAUAAAUUAUUACUUAGA